AUGGAUUUCCCUUUUGGCCAAGAUGAGCAGGGAAAUCCUCUCCCGGAUCCCGAUCCCGCGAAUAUUCUUGGCCCCAAUCCCGACGAAGGAUGGCCUAAGGAUGAACAUCCACAACAAGGGAACCGCCAGGUUGUCGGUGGUUUUCUCGAAGAUCUCCCUGACCUCGAUGAUCUUGACGCUCACCUUAGGGACCCUGGCUCAUUUGCUUUGAGUAUCGACUUCCACGCGAGUUUCGAGGGGAUUUUGCCUCCCCUCGCUUCUCCAAACGGUUCGGCCAACCAGGGCGUGGGCCCGACAGUCCUCCCAGAAACUGAACAGGCCAAGAAUAACAGCAAUGACCUCGCCUAUGGGCCCGGCAAUGGCCACGCCGCCAUGGAGCAAUUUUACACUGAUGACGAGGGCCGGUUAUGGUUUCUUAACAGCCAAGACUACGACAGUAAUGGCCAACUCAUCGCGACUUACAGGUACAUCGACGAUAAUGGGGAUCAGUGGACGCGCCAACAGAUUGUACCCCUGAUACCAUCUGAGCAGACCUUCGGCCAGGAUAACGAUCGCCAUGACGACCCUAUGGUUCAACAAAACCAGGACUUGAUGCACAGUCAAGGCUUCAAUCAAGGCUCUCCAUCCUAUGUUCCAGUCGGGCCUCCAGUCGAAGAUUACUAUGGUGGCCAACAUGGUGGCCCCACCUCGCAGGGACUAUAUGAUAGCCUUGCCCCCAAGGCUUCUCGCUUGACUGCUGAGUCUCCGUCGGGUUCUGCAUAUCGGUCGGUGUAUUCGCCUCGCGUGGGUUCUCAUACUCACGUGAUUUCGGGUCGCGCAGCUUGUACACCUGGACUCAAUUUUACAACCCAUUCACCUUCUGGAUCUCAGUCCACUUCAGCGAAUUCAGAACCCGGAGCAAAUUCCACACCUCAGCCCACCAUGGAUCAAGCAGUGCCUGUUCUGGUCAUGGAUGAGCGAUCUGUGAACCGCCCGCGCGACGCCUUUCCAAUCAUCUUCGACAAGGCAUUGAAGCUCGGUCUGAGAAAGCUCCUCGAUGCCGGCGGCGUGUCGUUCAGGAUUGCGACCAUGUGCUCCGGCACGGAUGGUCCCAUCCUGGCUCUACGCGAGUUCGUUGAAGCGGCCACCGCCUGCGGCUAUCCGGGACUCCUUCAGUGCAAUCAUGUCUUCAGCGUUGAGAUCGAACCGUUCAAGCAAGCCUUCAUUCGUCGCAAUGCAGCUCCUUCAGGCCCGAUCUUUCGCAAUGUCGUCGACGUUGGCAUGCCCGGAGCUACUCAGGCUAUGACGGCUUCCGGAGCCAUGGCCGAUAUCCCUCUGGGAAUCGACAUUCUCAUUGCUGGAAGCUCUUGCGUCGACUUUUCGAGCCUGAACUACGCCAAGAACGACAAGAAGAAGAAUUCUGGUCUCAACAAGCUUUUUGAGCGAUUCAAGGACAGGGGCAUCUCAGCCAUUCAACAGGACGACCCGAUGGCCAGUCAAGUUGUCGAUGGCCUUCAACAAAUCUUCGAGAGCAUCAAAGAUGAGAAGGGAGAGUCAACCAGAACUUUCCUGUCCAUUCUCAUGUACACCCACGCACAUCGGCCCAAAAUCGUCAUCUUGGAGAACGUUACAAGAGCUCCGUGGGACCAAUUCAGGGACUUCUGGCUGCCAAGCAUCGGAUACGUGGCGGGGUAUGUCCAGGUCGACUCCAAGAACUUCUUGGUCCCUCAAACGAGGCAGAGGAAAUAUCUGCUCGGGGUGGAUGCUCGCUACUAUGGAAACAAGGCCGAGGAGAUCGUCAACACAUGGGUCAAACUCAUGGACAUUACGCAGUGGUUCAAGAAUCCGCCUGAUCUCCAGAAGUUCUUGCUUCCCCCGUCUGAUCCGCGUGUGCUUCAGACUCGAUUCCAGUUGGAACGAACGCUGCUCUCGAAGCCGAAGAGGGACGUCGAGGCUGUUCAUUGUGCUGCCGAUCAUAGGUUGGCACGUCGAAAGGAAGAGCUCGGCACGUCGAACCCGUAUACUCGGAUGGAUGACAGAGGCAACGUUCAGCCCCGCGAGGACACCUGGCAGGGCAUCAUCUCAGUCUAUACUUGGCGAAUGCAGGAUCUCCUAGACAUCGAGUACCUGAGAGCACAGAAGAAGGGGUACGACUUCACCCACAAAAUGUUCAUUCUUGACGUCGGACAGAACGUGGAUCGACAGAGCGGAAGGCUGGGGGUAAUUCCGUGUGUUCUUCCCUCAGCUGAUCUCUUCAUCUCGUACGACGGCCGUCCUCUCCUCGGACUCGAGUGUCUCGCUGUGCAGGGCAUUCCCGUUGACCGCAUCUCGCUUUCGGUCGAGGGGGAAAACCAGCUCAAGGACCUUGCCGGAAACGCCAUGACGACCACCGUGGCCGGUGCAGCUAUCCUCUGUGCCCUCAUUGCCGAGUUCAGGUUCAAGACGAAGGCAAGCAACAGGCACUUGCAGGGCCUCGCUCAAGCCACCCCGCUGCUGCCUAGCAGCGUCGUUCAUCAGACCUCGACUGACGAGGCCGGACCUUCCAAUUUGUUGGAUUCUUUCCUUACCCUGGACCCCUCCUCUCUUGGACGCAAAACCCACACAUCUGCCAGCAGAAAAGGAAAAGAAAUCGAUCGAUCAUUUUCUGCCUCGCAAACUACUCCCAACAAGAUGGCUUGGCAGGAGAUCGUCUCCUCCGGCUGGGACGGCAAUAGAUCAGUCGAGUUUUUCUGCACUCUCUGCCUCAAUGGAUGCCGGAAAUGUCGCUGCGACGCCUUCCGCAAGCAUCAACAUACCGGUGUUUAUCUGCGAUGCAAGGACUGCAAUGAGACGCGCUGCCAAAGCUGUGCUGGAAAUCCGGACCACAACUUUGAUAGGGCUAACCCCAUCGACGACGAGGUGUCAAUCGGCAGAAGUUUGGCUCAAGAGCUUGCGAUUGCUGCUUUGCCAGCUCAUCUCUACAUCGAUUGGGCAGGUACCGAUACCGCUCACAGUGUCGAUAUUCUCCACGAACUCGACAAGCAGAUCUUCAGCGAUCACCUCGAGGCUUUACAUCGCGCAAUCCAGACGUGCGCAGGCGGAGUUCAUUACUACCAGACGGACCUCAAGUUCAGAGACGACCUGACUGUGACUUACGAAUCCGAAAAGUCAAUCAUCGUCGUUGUCAUCACCGGAAAGGACGUUACGUGGAGCAUGCAUCUGAGACCCGUCUAUAUCGAAUUCGGGCGCCCAUAG